AAGAUAAUCACGGUGGGGAAAGUGGCUGCGCCCGUAAACCCUUCUUGUGUUCCCUCUCUCAUCAAGGGGUUCUUCCCCUCUUCUUCUUCUUCUUCUUCUUCUUCUUCUUCUUCUUCUUUUUUCUGUUUCUGCUACUCACAACUCAGCUUAAUAAAUCUACGGCAUGUCUCAAAUAAGUUGAUAAUAAUGGCUCAUUUUCAUUCCACUAUGCAAGCGAUCGAACAAGCUUGUACUUCCAUCCAGAUGCAUAUCAAUCCAGCACUUGCUGAGGCAACUAUUUUAUCUCUACGUCAAGCUCCUCAGCCAUAUCAAACUUGCCAAUAUAUUCUUGAGAAUUCUCAGGUGGCAAAUGCGAGGUUCCAGGCUGCCGGAGCGAUUAGAGAUGUAGGUAUAAGGGAAUGGGGAUUUCUUCCAGAUGAUGACAAGAGAAGCUUGAUAAGUUUUUGCUUGCGAUUUGUUAUGCAACAUGCGAAUUCAUGUGAGGGUUACGUUCUAGCAAAGGUUUCGGCAGUGACAGCUCAGUUUUUGAAAAGAGGCUGGUUAGAUUUCCUGGUUGCUGAGAAAGAGGCCUUUCUUUUCGAGGUGAACCAGUCUGUUCUUGGCAUUCAUGGUGUGGCUGCACAAUUCACUGGGAUCAAUUUUCUAGAAUCUAUGGUGUCAGAAUUUUCUCCCUCUACAUCAUCUGCUAUGGGCCUCCCAAGGGAAUUCCAUGAGCAGUGCAGGGCUUCAUUGGAGCAUGACUAUUUAAAGAAAUUCUACUGCUGGGCACGAGAUGCUGCUCUAAGUGUCACGAACAAAGUAGUAGAAGGUGAUUCCAGUGUACCCGAAAUUAGAGUUUGCUCUGCUGCACUGCACCUAAUGUAUCAGGUUCUGAAUUGGGAUUUUCAAUGUGACACAAAUACGGCUGCUGCUGUGAAGGAUAGAAUAAACAUCUUCUCUAGUAGACAUGAGGCGACAAUGCUUAAGAAAUCUGAAUGUGUCUUUGUCAAGCCUGGGCCAGCAUGGGGAGAUACGUUGUUAUCAGGUGGUCAUGCUAGUUGGCUCCUGUGUUUGUAUGGGACACUGCGGCAAAAAUUUUCAAGCUAUAGACAGUGGCUUGACUCCCCACUGGCUGUUUCGGCUAGAAAGCUCAUAAUCCAGUUGUGCUCCUUGACAGGGACGAUAUUUCAAUCUGAUAAUGGUCAAAUGCAAGAGCAUCACUUGCUGCAGAUGAUUUCGGGGAUUCUGGAAUGGAUAGAACCUCCUGAUGCUGUAUCAUUGGCUAUUGAACGUGGAAAAUCUGAAAGUGAAAUGCUUGAUGGAUGCCGUGCAUUGCUUUCCGUUGCAUCUCUGACUACCCCUAUGGUGUUCGAUAAGCUAUUGAAAUGUGUAAGGCCUUAUGGAACUCUUAGCUUGUUAUCUUCCUUGACAUGUGAAGUUUUCAAAGCUCGUAUAACUAGUGAUACUGAUGACGAGACAUGGAGUUGGGUGGCAAGGGAUAUUUUGUUGGAUACAUGGACUGCACUGCUUGAGCCAAAGAAUAUAUCUAGUGAUACCGCUGUUCCUCCAGAGGGGAUAAGUGCUGCAUCUGCUGUGUUCAAGUUGAUUGUAGAAUCUGAACUGAAAGUUGCAGCGACAUCGGCCUUCGAUGAUGAGGAUGUCUGUGACUACCUCCGUGCUUCUAUAUCUGCUAUGGAUGAAAGAUUGAGUUCUUACGCUCUUAUAGCACGAGUAGCACUCAAAGAUACAGUUCCACUGCUCACACUGCUGUUCUCUGAGCGCAUAACACAGAUCCAUCAGGGAAGAGGCACAACUGAUCCAACUGCUACACUCGAAGCGCUUUAUUCACUCUUACUGAUAGCGGGUCAUGUUUUGGCGGAUUCUGGGGAGGGAGAGACACUCUUGGUCCCAGAUGCGCUACAAACCUGUUUUAUGGAUGUUCGUGAAACGGAACACCAUCCCGUAGUUGUACUUUCUGGCUCCAUCAUAAAGUUUUCCCAACUGAGUUUAGAUCCUGAAUUAAGAGCGGCCUUUUUUAGCCCUAGACUCAUGGAGGCGGUUAUAUGGUUUCUUGCAAGAUGGUCCGACACAUAUUUAAUGCCACUCGAAAGCGGAAGAGGAAAUAACUGCAAUCCAGCUGACAAUGAAUACCAGAAUGGAUCGCAAAUCUCGAGAAUGGCUUUGUUAAAUUUUUGUGGAGAGCACGAUCAAGGAAGAGCCAUUCUUGAUAUUAUUGUUCAUAUUUCCAUGAUAACACUUACUUCGUAUCCUGGAGAAAAUGAUCUGCAGGCACUUACUUGCUAUUAUCUACUUCCUGCACUUGUUCGGCGGAAAAAUGUCUGUGUACACCUUGUUACACUGGAUUCAUGGCGUAACUUAGCAAAAGCAUUUGCAAAUGAGGAGAGUUUGCUUUCGUUAAGUGGCCGUAAUCAACGUUCACUUGCUGAAACUCUUAUCAGCUCUGCUUCUGGCAUGAGGAAUUCAGAGGAAUCCAAUCAGUAUGUGAGGGAUCUCAUGGGACAGAUGAUAGCACGCUUACUAGAUUUAUCUUGUAAGAACGACCUCAAAUCAAUUGCUCAGCAGCCAGAUGUUAUUCUUUUGGUCAGUUGUUUGUUGGAUCGGCUAAGAGGAGCAGCAAUGGCCACUCAACCUCGAUCUCGGAAGGCAAUAUAUGAGAUGGGUCUCUCUGUGAUGGGCCCUGUUCUUACGCUUCUGGAAAGCUAUAAACAUGAGUCUGCAGUUGUUUACUUGCUACUGAAAUUUGUUGUUAGCUGGGUGGAUGGACAAGUUGUUUUCCUGGAACCAAAAGAGACCGUAGUAGUUGUAGAAUUCUGCAUGCGGUUGCUUCAACUUUACUCUUCCCACAACAUUGGCAAGAUCUCUCUGAGUGUCUCUAGCAGCUUGCUAAGUGAAGCACAAACUGAAAAGUAUAAGGAUUUACGUGCUCUACUUCAGCUCAUCACAAGGCUAUCUUCUAAGGAUAUGAUAGAUUUCUCUUCAGAACCAAAUGAAGUAGACAGUCCCGACAUUGGUCAGGUCAUCUACUUGGGUUUGCACAUUGUAACUCCUCUAAUAUCGUUGGACUUGUUGAAAUAUUCUAAACUUUGCCAUGAUUACUUUGCAUUGCUAUCGCAUAUGUUGGAGGUGUAUCCUGAGAAGGUAGCGCAACUAAAUGCUUCAGCCUUUGCUCAUAUUGCUGGAACACUCGAUUUUGGUCUUCGUCAACAGGACACUGAAGUUGUCAACAUGUGCUUGGGUGCUCUAAAUGCCCUAGCUUCUUUCCAUUACAAGGAGAUAAAUACUGGUAAAGAGGGAUUGGGCCUACAUGCUGCAGGUCACACUGACCCAAGUCGUAAUUCUCAGGAAGGUGUUUUAAGUCGAUUUCUUCAGUCACUGCUGCAGUUAUUGCUCUUUGAGGAUUACAGCACUGAACUUGUCAGCGCAGCAGCAGAUGCUCUUCUGCCUCUUAUUCUUUGUGAACAAGGUGUAUACCAGAGAUUAGGGAAUGAGCUCAUAGAGAGACAGUCAAAUCGAGCAUUAAUAUCUAGGCUGAGUAAUGCGCUACAGGCUCUUACAAGCUCAAACCAACUAUCAUCUUCUCUCGACAGAAUAAAUUACCAAAAAUUCAGAAAGAAUGUUUACAACUUCCUGAUUGAAGUCCGUGGAUUUCUACGGACAAUGUGAUGGUAUAAAAAUAACCCAUUCUGUAAACUGGUUUGAUCAUGUUUUUUUCGUGUUAAAGAAAAUAGUUGUCGAGCGGCCACCUAAUUAUGAGACAGUUACAUUUUGUAUCGUGCA